GUGUGUGUGUGUGUCUGUGUGUGUGUGUGUGUCUGUGUGUGUGUGUGUCUGUGUGUGUCUGUGUGUGUGUGUGUCUGUGUGUGUGUGUGUGUCUGUUUGUGUGUGUGUGUGUCUGUUUGUGUGUGUGUGUGUCUGUGUGUGUCUGUGUGUGUGUGUGUCUGUUUGUGUGUGUGUGUCUGUUUGUGUGUGUGUGUGUCUGUUUGUGUGUGUGUGUGUCUGUGUGUGUCUGUGUGUGUGUGUGUCUGUUUGUGUGUUUGUGUGCGUGUGUCUGUUUGUGUGUGUGUGUCUGUUUGUGUGUCUGUGUGUGUGUCUGUUUGUGUGUUUGUGUGUGUGUGUCUGUUUGUGUGUUUGUGUGUGUGUGUCUGUUUGUGUGUGUGUCUGUGUGUGUGUGUCUGUGUGUGUGUGUGUGUGUGUGUGUGUCUGUGUGUGUCUGUGUGUGUGUGUGUGUCUGUUUGUGUGUUUGUGUGUGUGUGUCUGUUUGUGUGUGUGUGUGUCUGUUUGUGUGUGUGUGUGUGUGCGUGUCUGUUUGUGUGUUUGUGUGUGUGUGUGUCUGUUUGUGUGUGUGUGUCUGUUUGUGUGUUUGUGUGUGUGUGUCUGUUUGUGUGUGUGUGUGUCUGUUUGUGUGUGUGUGUGUGUGUGUGUGUCUGUUUGUGUGUUUGUGUGUGUGUCUGUUUGUGUGUGUGUGUGUCUGUUUGUGUGUUUGUGUGUGUGUGUCUGUUUGUGUGUUUGUGUGUGUCUGUUCAUGUGUGUGUUUGUGUGUGUGUGUCUGUUUGUGUUUGUGUGUGUCUGUGCGUGUGUGUGCAUGUGUGCAUGUGUGUGUUUGUGUGCGUGUGCGUGUGUGCGUGUGCGUGUGUCUGUGUGUGUGCGUGUAUGUGUUUUUGCGUGUGUGUGUCUGUGUGUGUGCGUGUGUGUGUGUGUCAGUACUCGUGUCUAUGGGAGGCGUUAGAGAGUGAAGACACACUGGCAGUGCAGCAUCUAUUAUCCAGAGACAGGGCGACAGGAGGACAGACAUAUGCAGAGAGAAACAGACAGGUGAACAGUGUCAAUGAGUUCGGGCUGGUGCCUCUGGACGUGGCGGCUCUUACCCACAAUUCCACACUGCUGCAGGUGCUGGUGAAGGCCGGAGCAAGACACAAUCCCACUUUGAGCUCGGCCUCUGAUUGGUCGGUGAAGCUGGAUGAGCUGGUGUCUGUGGCUGAGCAGAAGCUUGAGGAUUGGAGGGCGGAGCUACUCGUCAAAGUGAAGGCGGAGCUUCAGUCACAGACAGACGCCCAGAACAAUGUUCAGCUCUGGACACAAAGAUAUAAACUGUAUAAACGCAUGAGAGAGACAUUUAAUAUUACAGUUGUGCCCGAACCGCCCGCUAGCGCCACCCUGCUGGUGUCCGGUGACAGCUGUCUGUGUGUGAGCGUGAGAGAGAGCGACAGUCAGACACACGGACUCAUCACACGAUACAGAGUUGAAUGGAGUUGUUCUUCAUCUUUUCAUCCUCUGUGUGGUUCUGCUUACAUCACUGACACCAAACACCCAGAGUUCAACAUCACAGGACUGAAGACUGGAGUGGAGUAUUAUGUGCGAGUCCGUGCGUAUAAUGUGAGAGGUUGGGGUCCCGUACAGAUCAGUAGUCCCGUGUGUGUCGCCCCCUCCAGCUGGCGUGAGUGCAGCGGUGUGAAAGUCAGAAUUAAAAAUCAUGAAGCUGCAGUCAGGAGGAUUUUACAGCAGAUCAGAGAGCCGACAUACAGAGGAUAUUGCACCGAGACUGUGAGCUCAUCUAAGCGAGUGUCUGUUUCUCGGGGUCUGAAGCAGUUUUUUCAGUCUGCGAGCAGAGGAGUGUAUCUUGCCUGUGUGUUCUAUCAGAAGGACAACAUCCUGGUCACAGCAAAUGAUCAGCUCCCAUUAGUGGAGAUCCAGUGCUGCUCCACCUCCGUCACGCAGAACUUCCUGUGGUUCACCAGAGUGUCGUGUGUGUGGCAGCAGGUUUCGUGGCUGCAGCAGGUGUUGUCUUCAUCUCUCUCCUCCUCUUCAUCACUGCUGCAGAACAGACUCAGUUUCCUGCGAGCUGUCAAUCAACUGCAGACGUCAUUGGGUUGUGAUGAUUUGGGUCAGGUGUAUUUUGAGCCAUUGAAGGACAGACAGGGUAAUGUGCUGCUGAUAACUCUGAGAGAGGUCACAACCCCUGUGACCCCCGCUGACCCCCUGCUGCACUGGGUUCCUCUCAGUAAACUCCAGAAACACCAGACCAGAAGUCCAUUACUGCCCGAACCUACAGUCACAGAGCUGCUCACACAACAUCUGAGGGAAAAGUUGUGUUAUCACAGGAGGAGUCUGCAGAGAGCUCAGUCGGGUUUAUAUCUGGGUAUAUUGAAGCUCUGCAGUUCAGUAGAUCAACUGAGAGUUGUGGUGAAUCACAGAUUACCCAACAUGCUCUGUCACUGUCGUGUCAGAAACCAACCGCAUGUCUCACGUGAGGAGUGGGCGUGGCUACAGAGGCAUGCGGUGGGCGGAGCCAAUGGGAGUGGUCAGACUGUUAGUGACAGUCCAGAUGAAGCAGUGAUUGACAGAUCAGGUGUUGAGGAGUUUGUGAAGGCCCUGAGAUCUGCAGUGACUCAACUACUGACCAAACUCAACAUCCCACUGGACAGAGCGUGUCACUAUCGUGUUUACACUCAGGAGUUGAUUCAGAUCGGAGAUCAGAUCUCGCUGCUGCUGCUGCUGCCAUCCACUGAAGAGUUCAGAUGCAGGCAGUGGCCACGAGAGGGCGCUGUGGAGCAGAUCUUUACUUUACCACUGCACAUCUAUGAACUGGUGCAUCAGUGGGCGUAUAACCGGGACCUGUUGUCACAGUACUGUCAGGCAUGGAUCAUACUCGAACUGGACGCGUAUCUUUCCCAGCAGGCUCUAAGAGAGGCACUGGACAGCAGAGAGGUGACCGACGCCAGAGAGAGACUCACACACAUCACAGAGAUUGCACAGAAUCUGGGUGUGGUCUGGCGGGAAAGUAGGUGGCUGAUGGAUGUGAUUCGGGCAUUGCGCUCUAAGCAAUGUGAGGGGGUGGUGCCUCUGGGGCGUGUCAUGAGCUCUCAGUCACCAAUCAAAUCACAUGCUGAGGAAGAGACUCCUCCCACUUCACAUACUGCAGUCCAAACACACACACCUAGCACAGCUCUUUCAUGCCUGGAUCAACCUGCCAGGUUAGAGGUCACUGCACCUGUGGACAUCCCAGGAGUUACGGAAAGAGUCAUGUUUCCAGAAAUGUCUGCCUCACACUUCAACAGUGAACCCUGUUACCAUGGAAACUGGCUCCAACAUAUGCAUUCCUGUCCUGAGCUCUCUGACCCACCCUCUGUUAACCUCGUGACCCCUGAGGCAGGGGAGGAGGAGGAAGGUCGAGAUCUGUUGUCAAGGAUAAUGAAAUUGUUUGACCGGUUGGAUCUGCCAGCAGGGACUUUGUUGGACCUGCAGGAUCUGGAUUUCAUGGAUACAGAAGCAGACGUGCAGAACCAGGACCAGAGCGCUGAGGAUGCAGUGCCGAUUGCAGCCAGCAAAGAGCGACCUAUGAGGAGUCUGGUGGAGUGGGUGAAUUCAGCCAAUCAAACGCUCUGACUAUAAUUCAACAAAACUAAAUGUCACAAAUGAUGCCUUCAAAGGGAGAACAACCACGGCAGCCAUGUAGUAGUGUCAUUCUAAACAGAAGUGGACAAAAAUAAAUGUAACAAACUUUUUGUAGGGUCCAAACAUGAAACAGUUCACUCACCAGAUUCUUUAUGCUGCAUCUGAGGUUUGCCAAGUGUAACAUAAGCUAUUAGAAUUAAUUUAAUUAAUUUAAUUAAUUAAAGGGACAGUUCACCCAAAAAUGAAAAUUCUCUGAUAAUUUACUCACCCUCAUGCCAUCUGAGAUGUGUAUGACUUUCUUUCUUCUGCAAAACACCUUUGAAGACGCAAUCUUUAAUAUUUAAAACAUGCUUAAAUAUCAUUAUUUUCGCACACCAUCCACUCCCAUUCUAAGGACCUGCUGAGCUUGGAUCUUUUUCUACAAAUCUUCAAAAAUGUUUUGCAGAAGAAAGAAAGUCAUACACAUCUCAGAUGGCAUGAGUGUGAGUAAAUUAUCAGAGAAUUUUUAUUUUUGGGUGAACUAUCCCUUUAAUACUUGAACACACACUGUACAUUUGUUAACUGGUACAACUCUGAAAAUUUGCGAUUUAAUUUUAGCAUUGUUUCAAACUACACUGAGCUAACCUCCUUCAGAUGAAUGAAUUGAAAUGUAUGAACCUGCUAGUUUGUUUACAUUUGCAUCAGCCAUUAUUUGAUAGUAAUUGCGUCUGCUUUGGAUACGGUCUUGAUGACCGUUAUUUUUAACCCCUUCAAUCUGUUAACCUGUGAAGAUCGCUCUGGAGGGUGAAGUAGGGAACAGAAUAUGGUCACUUCGGAAUAAAAUACAAACUGUCAAAUAAUGAAACCGUAUUUAUGCCCCAGUUUAUGUCAGUAAUGUUUAUCUUUAACAGCAGUGGGAGAUGAAAUGAACAGAGAUAAUACAAUCAAAUAUCUGUAGAAAGUUUAUUUAUGUGGACACUGGACAGAAAUUCAUCUUUUAUAUGUUUAAAUUCUGCAAUAUCACUCUAUAUAUUUAAAUAGUAAAGACAUAGAUGUAAUUAAAUAUGUUUAAAGAUUUGAA